GGCCUGGCGGCGGGCGGGUUCGCGCUCGCGCGCGGGCGGGGCUUGCGUGCGUUUGGCGCGCUGAGCCGCGGUUCCCGCGCUCGCCAUGUCUCGGCAGAGCACUCUGCUCCGCUUCUUCCCGAAGGCCUCCCCGCGGGCCGCAGCGCCGGCCCCGGCCCCUGCGCAGAGCCGAACGGGGCCCUGCAGCCGCCGCGGCCCGCCCGAGGAGAGGAACGGCCGGCAGGAGGCCGGGGGGGGCGGCGGCGCGGCCGCUGAGGCCUCCAGUGUCUCCUGCAAGUGCUCACCUGGCGAUGUGGUCUGGGCCAAGAUGGAAGGUUACCCGUGGUGGCCGUGCCUCGUGUACAACCAUCCAACAGAAAGAACGAUAUUCCGAGGGAAAGGGAAAACAGCCCGUGUCCAUGUGCAGUUCUUUGAUGACAGCCCUACAAGGGGCUGGGUCAGCGUUAAAUACGUGAAGCCAUAUAAAGGUUCCUCAGAUGCAGAGACACUGAAGGGAGGGAUGUUUUAUAGCACAAAGCCUGAGAUAAAGAGAGCAAUGGUGCUAGCAGAUGAUGCGAUGAGUAAAGAUGUAACUAAGCGGCUUGAACUGGCAGUGUGCUGUGAACCCUCCGAUACUGAGGAGGAGGAAGAGGAGGAAGAAGAAAUGGAGCAGGUGAGUGAAAGCGCGUCUGGCAACAGCGACAACUGCGACAGUGAGGAAGAUGUGAAGAGCAAUAAGCGAGUGACAAGCAGGGAAAGUGCUGUCAAAUCCAAAAAGAGGAGAGUGUUGGAUUCUGAUAGCGAUCACGAUGGCUCUGACGUAGAGUUCAAACCCGAUGUGAAGGAAGCGGCAAGCAGCGAGGAAGCAAGUAGUGGGGUGGAUGAAAAUGAAUCUACUGACAUGGAGACAGACUCGGAGAGUGUUGCAGAAAGUCCCAUAAAAGUCCCUUCCAAACGAAAAAGAAGAGAGAGAAGCAAGCCUGCUAAAAGGAGCAGCUUAGAAAACGAACGUUCUGAAGCACCCAAAAAAGCAGCAACACUUUCUUCAGAAGCCAAGUCUAAGCUCACAUCAUUUGCAGCACCUGACAGCUUUGAAUCCCAAGCAAAUGCUUGCAGUGGAGGCAGCAAUGGCUUCGGAACGUGGGAGCAUGAAAAGCUUGAUUGGCUGCAGGAAGGGAAAAAGAAGGAUGCGCAGAAGAGACGGCAGAAUGACCCUGCUUAUGACCCAUGUACGCUGUACGUGCCAGAGGACUACCUCAACAAGUGUACGCCUGGGAUGCGGAGGUGGUGGCAGCUGAAAAGUCAGAACUUCGAUGCUGUGGUUUUCUACAAAGUCGGGAAAUUCUAUGAGCUGUAUCACAUGGAUGCAGUCACUGGUGUUAAUGAAUUGGGCCUGAUAUUUAUGAAAGGUACUUGGGCCCAUUCUGGUUUUCCAGAAACUGCUUUUGGCAGGUUCUCUGAUGUCCUGGUGCAGAAGGGCUACAAGGUAGCCCGUGUGGAGCAAACGGAAACUCCUGAGAUGAUGGAAACGCGCUGCAAGUCUAUGGCCCACCCAACGAAGUUUGACAGGGUUGUACGCCGAGAAAUCUGCAGGAUCAUCACCAAAGGCACGCAGACGUACAGCAUCCUUGACUGUGAUCCCUCUGAGAGCCAUAACAAAUACCUCCUGUGUGUUAAGGAGAAAGAAGACUCUGCUGGACAAUGCGUUUAUGGGGUCUGCUUUGUGGACACAUCAGUGGGGAAGUUUUAUGUGGGCCAGUUCUCGGAUGACCGGCACUGUUCGCGGUUUAGGACUUUGGUAGCACAUUAUACCCCAGUGCAGGUGCUGUAUGAGAAGGGGAACCUGUCUGUGAACACACAGAAGAUAUUGAAAGGUUCACUCGUUUCUUGCAUUCAGGAAGGGCUGAUCUCGGGUUCCCAGUUCUGGAACGCAUCUAAAACACUAAAGGUUCUUCUUGAAGAAGGAUACUUCAAGGAGAAACAGGACUCUGAAAAUGAGUGUUCUUUGCCCCCCGUCAUCAAAGCUUUGACUUCAGAGAGUGACUCACUGGGAUUAACACCUGGUGACAACGGGGAAUUAGCAUUGUCGGCUCUUGGAGGAUGUGUCUUCUAUCUCAAAAAGUGCCUGAUUGACCAGGAGCUGUUGUCACUGGCCAACUUCGAAGCAUACAUCCCCGUGGAUAUUGACACUGCAAAAAUUGUGUGUUCCAGUAGUUCUUUUGCCAGAACAGACCAGCGGAUGGUGCUGGAUGGAGUCACCCUGAUGAACCUGGAAGUCCUGCAGAAUGGAACCAACGGAACCACAGAAGGCACUUUGUUGGAAAGGAUCGAUUCCUGCUGCACGCCGUUUGGGAAGCGACUCCUGAAACAGUGGCUCUGCGCUCCGCUUUGUAAUCCAAAAUCCAUUAAUGAUCGCUUGGAUGCUGUCGAGGACCUUCUGGCAGUACCAGGUAAAAUCUCUGAAGUGAGCGAGCAUCUGAAGAAACUUCCUGACCUCGAAAGGCUGCUCAGCAAAAUCCACAGUAUCGGAUCACCACUUAAAAGCCAGACUCACCCUGACAGCAGGGCCAUCUUUUACGAGGAAAUCAAAUACAGCAAAAAGAAAAUCGCUGACUUCUUGUCCACACUGGAGGGGUUUAAGGUAAUGAAUGAAAUCAUCGAUGCGAUGGAAGAAGUUGCCAGUGACUUCAAAUCUAAAGUCCUGAAGCAGCUGGUCACCCGCAAAGCCAAAAAUCCAGACGGACGCUUCCCAGACUUGAGUGCAGAGCUUAAAAGGUGGGAUACUGCUUUUGAUCACAACCAGGCUCGGAAGACGGGAGUGAUUACUCCAAAGGCAGGCUUUGACCCCGAUUAUGACAAAGCACUUCAGGAUAUUAAAGCUGUCGAGGAAGAUCUUCACAAGUACCUGGAUAAGCAACGCAAACUUCUUGGAUUCAAAUCCGUGCUGUACUGGGGGACGGGCAAAAACCGAUACCAGAUGGAAAUACCAGAAAGUGUAGUAUCCCGUAAUUUGCCUGAGGAAUAUGAGUUGAAAUCCACCAAGAAGGGGUAUAAGCGCUACUGGACCAAGGAGAUUGAGAAGAUGCUGGCUGCCAUGGUCAAUGCAGAGGAGCGCAGGGACGCAGCCCUGAAAGACUGCAUGAGGCGGUUGUUCUACAACUUUGAUAAGAACAGCAAGGACUGGCAGGCAGCGGUGGACUGUGUGGCCAUGCUCGAUGUCCUGAUGUCCCUCGCGAACUACAGUCAAGACAGUGAUGGGCCACUGUGCCGACCUGUGAUCCUGCUGCCGGUGGAUGGUGCUCCUCCCUUCCUGGAACUGAAAAAUUCACGCCACCCCUGCAUUACAAAAACUUUCUUUGGCGAUGAUUUUAUUCCUAAUGACAUCAUGAUAGGCAGCAAGGAUGAAGAGAGCGGUAGCAACGCUUCCUGUGUCUUAGUCACCGGACCCAACAUGGGUGGCAAAUCUACGCUCAUGAGACAGGCUGGUCUCCUGGCUAUCAUGGCUCAGCUGGGAUGCUAUGUGCCUGCCGAGGCCUGCAGGCUCACACCCAUCGACAGAGUGUUCACCAGGCUUGGUGCCUCAGACAGGAUCAUGUCUGGUGAAAGUACCUUCUUUGUUGAACUGAGUGAGACUGCCAGCAUUCUCCAGCAUGCAACAGAGCACUCCCUCGUUCUGGUGGAUGAACUGGGCAGAGGCACGGCUACGUUUGAUGGAACAGCGAUAGCGAGUGCUGUGGUGAAGGAACUGGCAGAGAGGAUCCGGUGCCGGACACUGUUCUCCACCCACUACCACUCGCUGGUGGAGGAUUACUCACGCAGCGCUGCUGUGCGCCUCGGGCACAUGGCGUGCAUGGUUGAAAACGAGAGUGAGGAUCCCAGCCAGGAAACUAUUACAUUCCUGUACAAGUUCAUUGGGGGAGCGUGUCCAAAGAGCUAUGGCUUCAACGCAGCGAGACUAGCUGAUAUCCCAGAGGAAGUCAUUCAGCAGGGACACCGGAAGGCACAGGAGUUUGAAAAAACGACCAUUUCGCUGCGAGUAUUCAGGUACCUGUGCCAGGUGGUGGAUGGGACGAGAAGCGAUGGGAACGCUGUUGGGAAGCUGAAGGCAAUGAUCAGCCAGCUGUGAGGACACCCGCGGGGUUUCUCAAGAAGGUGGGGGCAGACACAGUUAUGAUCUAAUAAACUUUAUUUUUUAAAAAUGACCAUUUUUCCAUUGUCUUUCCUAGGAAAUUAAACCCUUUAAUUCUUACCUACCCUCUACAUAAUGGUUAUUGAGUACUCCACAAUAUAUUAAGUCUAGAUGUUAUGGUACAUGCAUACACGGUCAGGCUGUUGAUUACCCACUGUCACCAAUACACAUCAAUGGGAGAAGCUAUGGAACUGGGUAGGGCUGCCUAUAUACUUGUCUCGGCGUCAUCGGAGCGGGAGAUCGCUGCCGUUUCCGGCAGGUUCCGUGAGUCAUGUCCAGGCUGUUCAAAAAAAAACUAUGAACAGAGCAAAAGUACAAGACUGUUUUGAGGAGACUUUCUACCGCGGGCUUUAACACGUCGUUAAAAUCUCAACUCACAGACGUGGUCACACAGGUACUUUUUGUUUUAUAGCGCAGCGAGGGUGAGGAAGUCUCAUUAAAACACUCGCUUUCCGGUUAGGGUGAGUACAGAGCGGUGCCGGGGCAGGGGAGGAGAGCACGCUAACGUCGGGAGGACACCAGAAAAAUUGCUGGAUAUAAUUUAAGAUUAGUGUUUUCUCUUUCAUAGAAAGAACGUACAUACUGGGACAUGAGUACAGGGACAGUCUAGGUGCGCUAACAGAACAGGACACGUUCAAGUACGGGAAGAGGGUUUCUUUUUUUGCUUGAAAUUAGAAACAAACUACGUGAGAUUAAAGCAUUAAAAUCAUAAAAUAAAUGUUAAAAAACUCAUAAGGAACGCAGAAGUGCUAGCUCACAUUUUUUUAACCAUGUUACAAAAGCGAUCGGUACCCAUGUC